AUGCAAAGCUCAAACAGCCUGCAGAUGAAAAUUGAAGUCUUAGAAAAGCUUCUUGCGGAAUAUGAAAGCAAUGACCCUCUUCAAAUAACUAAAAAAUGACGAAUUAAAGUAUUUGAAGAGUUGGUUAGGAAUAAGCAACAGCAAAUUACACAUUCUAUUGAGGUUAAGAGGUUCAAAGAAGAGGAAAGGAGGCUAAGGGUGAGAGAGCAAGAGGUCAGAAACUCUUUAGAAGGCGCCCAUCAGCAAGUAAGCCAGCUAAAUUCUGAAAUUUUGAGACUGCAGAAAGACUUACAAAUUUCCCAGCAGAAAGCAAAAUCUGCUGGACAGCAAGGAGUGAGCGCCACUGUUUUAAUGAGUGUGCAGAGCAAUAUGAGUGAUCAAAUUGAAAGAUCGACAAGAGUUCUUGCUUUGAUUGAGACCUAUUAUCAUAGACUGACCUUUGCUUUGAGCAAAAUCAAAACAAUCAAAAUGCUACAUAAUCGAGAAAAGAAUUCAUUAAAAGCAAGACUUAGCGAAGAAAUGCAAGAGACCAAAAAAUUGAGGGAGGAUAUUUUAAAAGCUAAAUUAAGUGAGGUUGAAAUUAGAAACCUUAGCCUUAGUUAAGAUUAUAAGAGGAACUUCUUGCAAUACCCGAAAGUAUUUUUCACCUUGUUUUAAAAAAUUGCUAUCAUGUCUAGGAGCAAAAGAAAACAAAAAUCCAAAAUUUCGGCCGAAUUAAAAAAUAAAAUUGCUGGAAAGCCCAAGGGUUGCAGUUGGAGGUUUGAGCUGACUGGGCACCCCCUCCAAGCAGCUUCGGGUCACCAUUUUUGGCCUUCGGAAGGAAAAGCAUCAGGUGGCUUUAGCGCUUAGCUCCAAAUGAGUGUGAAGCUGAAGCUCUACUGCAAAGGAGCUGAAAUGAACCAGUCUUAGCCCUCUCUAAUUGUAACUCUUUCUCUCACCUUACUUUGCUUUGCUUGGCAGCUGCAGUCUGCCUAUCGAUUACUGCUCCCUCGAAAUGAGGGCUUGCGCACAAAUUGGAUGGUCACCAUGCCGUGCGCCAGACAUGGACUACGCUUUCAGAAAAUUCGAAAAACGAAUUUUCUGGUCGAAUUGACAACAAUGUGGAACUCGAAGCCCAGGAAAUAACUCACGGUGCAGGGUUAGAGAAAUGCCCAAUUGGCAAAGCUGACUUUCUGGACAUCCCAUUAUCAUCACCGAAUCAGCACCUCCCCCAGUAGCCAUGCGGUUAGGCUCUUCGAUAUUGCACUCCACCAAACCAUGUAAAUUCUGGCUUAAUGCAUAUUACUGAACAUUAUUCUCUCUUCUACAAUCUUAGCUGCAGAUUCUAGGAGGGGAGAUUUGUUUGCCACACCAUUUUAAUGUAUAUUUGAAUUAGAAGCAAAAAACAGAGAAAAUUUAUUAUUAAAAAAUGAACUUGAAUUAUUAAAAGAGCAGAUAAAAAUCACGGAAAUUAAAUUCAAAAGUGAGAUAAAUGGUAUUAUUGAAAAUCAUAAAGCUGAAAUAAGCAAAAUUCAUGAUGAUUAUAAAGCAAUGAUUGAAGAUAAGCAUAAGCAGAGCGAGUUUAAAGAUAUUGAAAAUAAACAAAAAGGAGAUAUAAUAUAUGAGCUUCAACAAAAAAUUAAAGAAUAUCAAGAAAAUACUGAAAUAUUAAAAGGAAAUAUAAUUGAGAAGGAUAAUAUUAUUAUUGAAUUAAACAACUCUAUAACUGCAAUUGAAAAUUCAACCCAGAAAACUAAAAAUGACCUAGAAUCUGAAUGCAAUGAUAAGAUAUCUAAAUUUCAAAACGAAAUUAAAGCCCUAGAAGAAGAAAUUAAAUAUAAAAAUGAUGAAAUAAUUGCUAAAAAUCAGGAUUGUGAUAAUUUGCAACAGCAAAUUAUUGAAGAAGUCGAAAAGGAGAAAGAGUUUCAUCAAUCAAAAAUCACAAAAUUAGAGCAGCAAUGCAGAGAACUCAGAAGAGAUAGAGAUAUUCUUUUUCAAACUUUAAAUGAAAAAAAAUCUACAUUUUCCAUAGAAACUCAAACAGAUGUUCCAAAGACAUACACACCAGUGAGAAAAACUCCCCCACCGCAACUGUCUGAAAAAAUUGAAGAUUUAGAGGUCUUAUCGAAGGAACUUCUAGAUUUUCAAGAUGAAUUUAAUGAAUAA